UCGUCAAGUCUCCAAUGACUUCAGAGAUCUUUCAACGUUAUUAAUCCAUGGAUUUGAGGCCCUUCUCAUGUCAUUAUUAAUUGGAUUUUUGUACUAUGGCCAUGAGAAAACCGGACUCUCUAUUCGUGACACAACAGCACUGUUGUACAUGAUAGGUGCACUAAUCCCAUUCACAGUGAUUUUGGAUGUUAUUGCCAAAUGUCAUUCAGAAAGAGCUAUGCUUUAUCAUGACUUGGAAGAUGGAAUGUAUUCUGUUAGCCCAUACUUCUUUGCUAAGAUUCUGGGGGAGCUCCCAGAACACUGUGCUUUUGUUAUAAUUUAUGGGGUUCCCAUCUACUGGCUGGCAAACCUCGUUCCUGAACCAGAACAUUUCCUGCUAAAACUGCUGAACUUCUUCUUGGUGUGGCUGGCUGUAUAUAGUGCCCGCGCGAUGGCACUUUGGGUGGCAGCACUGCUGCCAACAUUACAACUCUCAGCCUUCUUUGGCAACGUCCUUUUCACUUCAUUCUACCUGAGUGGUGGUUUUGUGAUAAGCCUGGAAAACCUCUGGACAGUUCCAUUUUGGGUUUCUAAAAUCUCUUUUCUCAGAUGGAAUUUUCAAGGCAUGAUGCAAAUUCAGUUCACUGACGUCACAUAUGAAAUGAUUGUUGGAAAUUCUACUUUUCAAAUACCAGGGAAACUUGUCACUCGGGCCCUGUACCUGGACUCCCACCCUCUCUAUGUAAGCUAUCUCGUCCUCACUGGUAUCAUUUGCAGCUUCCUGCUUUUAUACUACUUAUCGCUGAGGUUCAUCAAGCAGAAAUCAAACCAAGACUGGUAA